GACGACCGGACAGGACAGGAGCGGAGCGGAGCUGUCGGUCGGCAGACAGACAGCCAUCUUUGGACAGAGCGGGUGAAUGCCAGGCGGUUCGCCCAGGAGGUGCGGUUUUCUGUGACUCCCGCUGCCGGGGCCUGGAGCUGGUCGGCGGGCGAGAGCCGGAGCGGAGGCGCGGGAUCGGCAGCGAGCGGCAGCGGACGGGCGGAGAGCGACAUGGCGGAGCUGAGGCGCAGGGCCCGCGAUGAUUCGCAGGAUCUGCUGGCCGAGCUGGAACCAGAUGCGGGGACAAUCACAAACGAAGUGACAACGGAAUCGGGGAGUUCGGACAUUCCUCCUUCUGUUGAUAACACUCCAGAGGUGCUGAACAAGGCUCUAUCAGGACUGUCUUCAAGAUGGAAGAAUUGGUGGGUGCGAGGAAUUCUGACACUGGCCAUGAUUACGUUCUUUUUCGUCAUCAUCUAUCUAGGACCCAUGGUUUUGAUGAUGAUCGUUCUAUGUGUACAGAUCAAAUGCUUUCACGAGAUUAUUCUCAUUGGUUACAGCGUUUAUCACUCCUACGAUCUGCCAUGGUUCCGGACUCUUAGCUGGUAUUUCUUAUUAUGUGCAAACUACUUCUUCUAUGGAGAGACGGUAACAGACACGUUCUUCGCACUGGUUCAGAGGGAGGAGCCUCUCCGGAUCCUGAGCAAAUACCAUCGCUUCAUUUCCUUUGCUCUUUACUUGGCAGGAUUCUGCCUGUUUGUCCUGAGUCUUGUGAAGAAGCACUACCGACUGCAGUUCUACAUGUUUGGGUGGACUCAUGUGACUUUGCUAAUAGUCGUGACUCAGUCCCACCUCAUCAUCCACAACCUCUUUGAAGGAAUGAUUUGGUUCAUUGUGCCGAUUUCUUGUGUGAUCUGCAAUGACAUCAUGGCUUACAUGUUUGGAUUCUUUUUUGGCCGGACUCCACUCAUCAAGCUGUCUCCCAAGAAGACCUGGGAAGGAUUUAUCGGAGGAUUCUUUGCAACCGUCGUGUUUGGACUUUUGCUGUCCUACGUGAUGGCAGGGUACAAUUUCUUUGUCUGUCCCGUGGAGUUCAACAAUGAGGCCAACAGUUUCACCGUGGAAUGUGAACCAUCGGAGCUGUUCGUCCUGCAAGAUUACACAAUCCCCACUGUUCUUCAGUCCAUUAUAGGCUGGCGGUCGAUCAAGAUGUACCCUUUCCAGUUUCACAGCAUUGCCCUUUCUAGUUUUGCAUCACUAAUCAGCCCAUUUGGAGGAUUCUUUGCCAGCGGCUUCAAGAGAGCAUUUAAGAUCAAGGAUUUUGCUGACACCAUUCCCGGGCAUGGUGGAAUUAUGGACCGCUUUGAUUGUCAGUAUCUCAUGGCGACUUUUGUUAAUGUCUACAUUGCCAGCUUCAUAAGGGGGCCGAAUCCUAGUAAACUGCUGCAGCAGUUACUGGCACUUCGCUUGGACCAACAGUUGCAGAUAUUCAAGAGCCUGAAAGCCAAUCUGCUCCAGAAGGGUAUGCUGCCUGCAGGGGCGUAGGACCGGGAGAAUCACUGAAGUGGUUGCCGUAAAAAGCCUCAGGAAAGAGUCCAGCCAGUGACCUUUCUCUCAAACGCAGUGCGGCCAAAUUACCCUACCAGGAAUUUCCACAUGUAAUCGAGAGAUCCAUGCUCCUUGUGUAGCUAGAGCAGUGCAUUCUUUAUUGUGCUCUGGUUGAUGGGAUUAAUAGGUAGCAAUAUGUUUAAUCAUGGGAUCGCAGCUCAUUAGGAGUAGGCACAUUAAUGAUGGCCACUGACCUGUGAUUAAUCAUCAAAGCGACACACGGAGGUAUUUUUUGUUUUAAGUGACUCGCCAUUGCUGUUUACAGUGAAAGAUCGGGAGGCUGGCUCUGAACUCUGUAUAAAUCAUGGAUUCUGCUCCAGUUGAAUCCCAAUCCGAGCCUGUCCCGCACCAGUGCAGGAGUCUCGCGUUACAAGUCCAACUGAUUGUCCAUGAUUUAUUUGUUGCUCAGCUCAAAUGUACGCUUUAGGGUGGAGUAGAUGUAGUAUUCGGUCUAGCCUUGACCAUGUAGUUUGUGAAGAACCUGCUGUUUUACAUUUGCAUUCAUAGGGCUUCUUGAGCCACCUGAAGGAGCUUAGAAUAUGAUGUUUACACUGGCUGUCUCGUAGGAUGUAGAGUUUGCAGUGAGGUGUCGGGAAGAGAUUUAAGUGAGGAGCAAUAUUCUCCAUUUAUUGUCGAUUUAUUGCAAACUAUUCAGCUUGCAACGUGAAUGGUAUAAACCUGCUCAAAACAUUGCCUUUCUUUUGAAGUGUUCAUGGGUGGAGUGGUCCUUUUGAGACGAGCAUCUCCAUUUUAUCAGAUCCUGGCGACCCCAUCACUUAGUAAGGAAAGUGUUAGCUUUUACAAUUAUAUUUAAUCAAAAAAAAAAA